AUGGGAAACACAACAAGUAUCGCGGCUGGACGUGACUGUCUAGUCUCCGCUGUUGGGGGUCAUGCGGGGGUUUCCUUUCAAGACCAGCUUCUUUACCAAACCACAGCGGUCGAGGCGUACAACUUGAACAUUCCAGUCACGCCAGCUGCGAUCACAUACCCUCAAUCGGCAGAUGAAGUAGCUUCUAUACUCAAAUGUGCCUCUGAUUUCGACUACAAGGUACAGGCUCGCAGUGGGGGUCAUAGUUUCGGCAAUUAUGGCCUUGGAGGACAAAAUGGUGCCAUUGUGGUCGAUAUGAAGCACUUCGCACAAUUUUCCAUGGAGGAAUCGACUCACAUUGCUACCAUCGGUCCUGGGACCUCUCUAGGAGAUCUCGACACCAAGCUAUACAAUUCAGGCAACAGGGCAAUGUCGCACGGGAUUUGCCCGACUAUUCGGACAGGCGGCCAUCUGACAAUGGGUGGACUUGGUCCAACGGCGCGUCAGUGGGGUCUGGCGCUGGACCAUGUCGAGGAGGUGGAGGUGGUGUUGGCGAACUCGAGUAUUGUGCGGGCAUCGGACACUCGGAAUCAGGAUCUCUUUUUUGCCAUCAAAGGUGCCGCUGCUAGCUUUGGCAUCGUGACGGAAUUCAAGGUGCGCACGGAACCAGCACCCGGACUGGCUGUCCAGUAUUCCUUCACCUUUAAUCUGGGAACUCCUCACGAAAAAGCCAAGCUCGUCAAAGACUGGCAGACUUUCAUAGCUCAAGAGAACCUCACUUGGCAAUUCUAUUCCAAUUUGGUGAUCUUCGACGGCCAGAUCAUCCUCGAAGGAAUAUUCUUCGGCUCAAAAGAGCAGUACGACGUGCUCGACAUCGAGAAGAAAUUCCCCACCUCUGAGCCCGGAACUGUGCUGGUUCUGACAGACUGGCUGGGCAUGAUUGGCCAUGGGCUGGAAGAUACCAUUCUAAGAGUAGUCGGAGACUCGCCGACAUGGUUCUAUGCCAAAUCGCUAGGCUUCACCCCCCGUUCACUCAUUCCCGAUUCUGCUCUCGAUGUCUUUUUCGAAUACAUCCACAACACCAACGCCGACACUUUAGCCUGGUUCGUCACGCUCAGUCUAGAGGGCGGGGCUAUCAAUGCCGUGCCUGAGGAUGCCACCGCUUAUGGCCAUCGCGAUGUGCUUUUCUGGGUCCAAUUGUUCGUAACCAACCCGCUUGGGCCGAUCUCUCAGACCACAUAUAAUUUCACCGACGGUCUCUACAAUGUUCUGGCUGAGGCUGUCCCAGAGAGUGCGGAACACGCAUAUCUCGGGUGCCCAGAUCCCAGGAUGCCCGAUGCCCAGCAUGCAUACUGGCGCAAUAAUCUUCCACGUUUGCAAGAGCUGAAAGGAGAAUUCGACUCAAAGAACAUCUUCCACAAUCCGCAGGGUGUUCAGGUUGCCUGA